CUUGCGCUGCCGGGAUGCGGGCCUGCGGAGUCGAAGACCAUCGCAAUAACGGACCUUGUCUACCAUUCGCUGAGUUCUGUAACGGCCAUUCACACUGUCUGAAUGAUUUUGACGAGUCCAACAGCAUUUGCGGAUGUAAGACUGGCGAUUUCCAAUGCAAGCUUUCGAAGCUAUGCAUUGACCAGAAGAUGCGUUGUGACGGCAACAACGAUUGUCUGGACAAUUCCGAUGAAGAGGAUUGUGGCUGUGAUGCUCACCACCAGUGCGGUGAUGGUUCUUGCGUGAGCCGCCACCAAGUCUGUGAUGGCGAAAUGAACUGCGUUGAUGGAAGCGACGAACAGAACUGCCGCUGCAGUGAUGAAGAUUUUCAGUGUGCGAAAUCUAAGGUCUGUAUAAAGAAGGAAUUGCGCUGUGAUGGCCACGAGGAUUGCUCCGACCGUUCUGAUGAAGAUGAAUGCGAUCCUGCAUCUUCCCAAACCAAGAUCCUCUCUACUCAAUUCAAAAUAAAGUAUGAGCAACGCAAGAAAAUUGAGGAGAUUCAUGAUCCCAAGAUCUCCGCUCCCCACGCCCUUCUGCCCCAACUUCACUGCACGAGUCAUGUGUGUCCAGACGGCUUGUGCGUCGCGGAAGAGAACGUAUGCGAUGACGUCCCGCACUGCAGCGACGGCAGUGACGAAUUAAACUGUUCUGUUGAUUACGACGAGCCAACUGUUGAUUACGACGACCCAGCUGUUGAUUACGACGACCCAAUUGUUGAUUACGACGACCCAGCUGUUGAUUACGACGACCCAACUGUUGAUUACGACGACCCAACUGUUGGUUACGACGACCCAGCUGUUGAUUACGACGACCCAAUUGUUGAUUACGACGACCCAACUGUUGAUUAUGACGACCCAACUGUUGAUUACGACGACCCAGCUGUUGAUUACGACGACCCAGCUGUUGAUUACGACGACCCAGCUGUUGAUUAUGACGACCCAACUGUUGAUUACGACGACCCAGCUGUUGAUUAUGACGACCCAGCUAGCACGAUGGCUCCCGUCAGCGAGUGCGGACCAAAACUGUUGCUGAUUAUUUUGUUGUCUUCGAUCCUGGCGCUGCGAGGAACGCUUGCCCAGGUUGCGACACUACAGCAACUUUCCUCCAUCGGGCCCAAGAACGUGUCGACAUCGAAUGGUUCGUUAGUUAAAUGCAAUGAUGGUGAAAAUGAGGUUCCAUGCGACGACCACAAGAAGUGCAUUUUAAAAGAUCAACUGUGCGACGGCGAACUAGACUGCGAUGAUGAUUCUGAUGAAAAAAAUUGCUCAGUGGUGUGUCCACACGGCUUUCUGUGCGACAACAAGUGCUUCAAUAAAGCAGAUCAAUGUAACGGAAUACCGGACUGCCUCGACAUGUCGGAUGAAGCUAACUGCACGGAAUGUUUCGGAAACUCAACAAUUUGUGAUGGUUCCUGCCUCAUUAUGAACGACUCUCUUCACUGCAGCGGAAUUCCGGAUUGUUCAAACAUCUCCGACGAAUUAAAUUGUAAAGAAUGCUUGGGUGAAUCUUUUCUUUGUAAUGGCACUUGUAAACCGAACAAUGACUUGCGCCGUUGCAACGGUGUAUUAGAUUGUACGAACAAACUAGACGAAUUAAAUUGUAAAGAAUGCUUCGCUGAUUCCUUUCUUUGUGAUGGCGCUUGUAAACCGAACAAUGACUCACGCCGUUGUGACGGGGUUCCGCAGUGCAGUGAAAACCAAGACGAGCAAAGUUGCAGCAACUGCACAGGAAAAUCUUUCUUGUGUAACGAUACGUGCCUAUUACAGACUGAUUUCCGCCGGUGUAACGGACAAUCGGAAUGCAAUAGCAGCUUAGACGAAGAAAAUUGCGCAAAUUGCAAAAAUGAUUCUUUUUUCUGCCUCGGCAAAUGCAUUUUAAAUAUGGACGAGCGUCGAUGCAAUGGGGUAAAGGAUUGCAUUGGGAAUUUUGAUGAAAUAUACUGCACGACUUGCAAGGGACAGUCCUUCUUCUGUAAUGGUUUAUGCGUGCUUGAGAGCGCUUCCAGCUUCUGCAACGGCGUCGACGACUGUGCGGACGCAGCAGACGAAGCAAACUGCCCAUCGUGCCUUAACUCGCACUUUACCUGUGAUGGAGUGAACGUUCACUGCAGUGACCCACGACGCUGUAAUGGAACAUCAGAAUGCACAGAUCGAACGGAUGAAAAAAACUGUUCAGUUUGUCACGAUGGAAGUCUUCUCUGCAACGGCUCAUGCCAUCUGAACCGCCAAGCGUGCAACUGGCACCUCAACUGCAGUGAUGGAUCGCACGGGCAGAAUUGUUCAUCACUUAUUACGUGCGGAAAAGACGAGUUCUUCUGCGAUGAUCUCUGCCACCCGAACUCUGUGCGUUGCAAUGCCACUGCCGAGUGCAGAGAUGGCAGCGAUGAAGCCAAUUGCACCUCCUGCGCCGACGACUUUUUCGUGUGCGACGAACGUUGCGUCGCUACCACGGAUUCUCGACGCUGCGACGGCGUCGUCCAGUGCACGAACGGCACCGACGAAAUGUCGUGUACCGCCUGCACUGGAAAUUCGUUUCGCUGCAACGACAGCUGCCUUCCCAUCACAGACGCACGCUACUGCGAUGGCUUCGUGCAGUGCAACGGCUCCACUGACGAAAACAGCUGUCAAGGCCUAGGGCAUUGUGGUGUUCAUCACCGGUGCUCGGACGGAAAAUGCGUGAGCAUGUAUGACGUUUGUGAUGGCACUGACGAUUGCCUGGACAGCAGUGACGAAAAAAAUUGUUCGUGUCCGAAGAAUCACCGGCUUUGUGGAAUCGAAGGCUAUUAUAUCAGACAGAAAUGCAUUCCCAGUGAUCAGUUCUGUGACAACAACGCUCAUUGUUUAAAUGGCUACGACGAGUCUCGAAGAGCAUGCGGCUGCAUAAAUGGAUACCAAUGCGAAUUAUCGAAGUUCUGCAUUCCACGCUCUUUGCGCUGUGACGGUAAAGUUGACUGCGAGGAUGGAUCUAAGUCGGACGAAGAAAACUGUGGAGAGUGCAAAGGCCACCACCAGUGUGGUGAUGGUUCUUGCGUGAGCAUCUUCGAUGUUUGCGACGGUGUGGAGAACUGCCGCGAUGGCAGCGACGAACGCAACUGCUCGUGUCCUGCUGGGAAGCGGGCGUGCGGCGUCGAAGAUGGCGCGCCCUGCGUGCGUGCCUCGCAGUUCUGCAACCGCGGGCGCCACUGCCGCAACGGAUACGACGAGUCCCGCGAGGCCUGUGGGUGCAGAAUCGGGUACUUCCAAUGUUUAUUAUCGAAGAUGUGCAUCCGAGAAGAAUUGCGGUGCGACGGACGGCAGCACUGCGAUGACGACUCCGACGAGACUUAUUGCGAUGGAACAAAGUGGACAUAUGGCAAUAAAACCUGCCCAGAAGUUGAGACAACCUCGACGGCUCCGUUAGUGCCCGAAAAUAAUGGUUGUGGUGUUCACCACGAGUGUGGUGAUGGUUCCUGCGUGAGCCGCUACGAAGUUUGUGACGGCAUCAAGAACUGUUGUGAUGGCAGCGACGAACGCAACUGCUCUUGCAGAGCAGGCAAACGAGCCUGUGGUAUUAAUAAAAGCAGUUUGCCGGGGGAAACGGACUGUGUACGUACAAUCCAGUUCUGCGAUGGUAGCAGACACUGCCGAAACGGAUACGACGAAUCCAUGGAGGCCUGCGGUUGCGGCGAAGGUUUCUUCCAGUGCUCGCUGUCCAAGCGCUGUGUGGAAGUAGAUUUCCUGUGUGACGGACGCGAAGAUUGUGACGAUGGUUCUGAUGAAAAAUCUUGCGGUUGCGGAAUUCACCACGAGUGUGGCGAUGGUUCUUGCGUGAGCCGCUACGAAGUCUGCGACGGCAUCAAGAACUGUUGUGAUGGCAGCGACGAACGCAACUGCUCUUGCGCUGCCGGGAUGCGGGCCUGCGGAGUCGAAGACGAUCGCAACAACGGACCUUGUUUACCAUUCGCUGAGUUCUGCAACGGUCGUUCACACUGUCUGAACGAGUUUGACGAGUCCAAUAACAUUUGCGGAUGCAAGACUGGCGAUUUCCAAUGCAAGCUUUCGAAACUAUGCAUUCACCAGAGGAUGCGUUGUGACGGCAAUAACGAUUGUCUGGACAAUUCCGAUGAAGAGGAUUGUGGCUGUGAUGCUCACCACCAGUGCGGUGAUGGUUCUUGCGUGAGCCGCCACCAAGUCUGUGAUGGCGAAAUGAACUGCGUUGAUGGAAGCGACGAACAGAACUGCCCGUGUCCUGCUGGGAAGCGGCCGUGCGGCGUCGAACAUGGCGCGCCCUGCGUGCGUGCCUCGCAGUUCUGCGCCGGGGGGCGCCAAUGCCGCAACGGAUACGACGAGUCACCCGAAGCCUGCGGUUGCGGUGAUGGCUUCCAGUGCCGCCUGACGCGGCAGUGCGUGGACAAGACUCUGCGCUGCGACGGCCAGCCUCACUGCGCCGACGGC